CCUACAGAUGUUCAGGAGAGGGCCAGGCUGGCUGAUUUUGGCAUAAGUAGACGGCUUGUCAAAGAUCAAACAAGUUAUCCUACAAGAAGUGCAGGAACAAAAUGCUGGAUGGCGAAGGAGACUUUAGCAGAUGGAGACAUACCAUACAAGUCAAGCACUGAUAUACAGGUGGCCGGAAUGCUCAGUUAUUACAUCCUCUCUGGAGGACACCAUCCUUUUGGGGACGAAUCCUAUAAAGUUGAGAGCAACAUUUAUGAAGGACUCUACACUUUGGGCCACGUUCAAGAUGUGGUGGCAAAGGAUCUCAUUGAGUGGAUGAUCGAUAAAGAACCAAAGAACAGACCUCAAGUGGAAGAAUGCUUGAGUCAUCCCUUCUUCUGGUCCUCUACAAAGAGAGUUCAAUACCUGAUAAGGAUUGGCAACAAGGAUGAAGCGAAAAAGUAUCGAACGGCUGACCAGGAACUCCUUUGUUCAUUGGACAAAUGGGCCCCAGAUGGAUCCUUCAAACAGUGGCAAACAAAAUUUUCCUCCGAGUUGGUCAAUAAGAUGGACACCAAGAACAAAGCCUACCCUGACAACACACUGGGAUUACGGCGCUUCAUACGGAACCUCGAUGACCACCAUGCCGUGGAGGCCGCUCAAGUUGACGUGUUGGCACUUUUUCCUGAUCUCUUUGGAUGUGUUUUCAAGUUUGCCAAGACCAAAGGGUGGAAUUCAGAGACCCCCUUGAAGGAAAUGUUUCAAAGAAAAGACAUCAGCUCUACAAAGCUGACAAUACGCCCUGAUGCUGAUCUGGGUGUCCCUGUUCAAGAGUCUCAACCGGGGACCUGAAGUGAAGUUUAAAUCAAAAUGGCAGAAAGACUUUAAGCAGUCAGCGAUGGAAAAAACACAGACAAUUCUGAUGUUAUACUUUC